AUGAGCAACGGAGAUAACGCGUCUAACGACUUUUACGUCCGCUAUUAUGUCGGACACAAGGUAAAAUUCAGUUUUUGUUACGUUUCCUGAGAAAAAGUUUCAUUGAACCCUAUAAUCCAAACUCAAGUUUUUUUUGAUGAGAUAAUUUUUGAACUUAUACUUCAUCCGAAAAUAUAAUGUAACUUUCAGGGAAAAUUCGGUCACGAGUUCCUGGAGUUUGAGUUCCGCCCCAAUGGACAAUUACGUUAUGCCAACAAUUCGAACUACAAAAAAAUGAUACGAUUAUCCGAAAAGAGGUGAGGGGAAAAACAAGAUUAAUUUCAAAAAGAGUUUCAUAAUUAGGAACAGAUUAUGUCGAGAAUUCGCGAGAUUUCAAUGUUUUUUUCACAUGCCCAAAACAUCGAAUCCCUUUUGGGUUUAAGACAAAGCUUUGAUAAUCGUUCGGCGAAAAACGAGUCCCAUGAAAAAAUGUAUUUAUUUUCUCUACCAAAAACGAUAUGCAGCUUAUCUGCGAAUUGAAAUUGAAUACCAUUCAGAAUAGAUUCUCUAUAAUAUUAUUUAAUGGGAAAGAAGUCUCAUACAAACUGAUGAAGUUUCAAAAAAAUUCAAAAUUAUAAAUAGAAAAAGUAGGUUCGAGGAAAUUAGUCCUAUGAUUCGAUCCAAGUGAGAGCGGAUGAGCGUCGAUUGGUGGUUUCCCACUCAAAAGAGACGAUUUAGCUUCAUUUUCCAGUUGAAAAAGAAAUCGGAAAAAGUUUAAACUUUAAAAAAACAUGUUUUGUGAAUUUGAGUGCGUGGUGUCGGAAUCGGUACUGGCGGAGCUGA